AUGGUGGACGUGUUGUUGUCACGUGUUCGUCCUUUCCUUUGGGUGUCUACACUAAAUGGCUCCUGGUUGCCUUGUGGAUUAUUUUGGUUAUUGCUACUGCCCUGCUCUUUUUCCCAAAAUGACAGAUUACGUCACCAGGAGAAUGCAACACUACGGUGUUAUGCUGGUUCCUAUGAUAACAUCCUGAUGACACGCAGCCGUAUCUGUAAUGUGACGCAUAAUUCUGAUUCCGGAGUUCCCAUAGUAACUACACAUUGCAUUGUGUUUAAGUACAAUAAUUCAGGUGGGGUCAGCACAAUGUUCUCUUGUGAUGACCAUCAUUUAUGUGACCAUGUGCAAGGUGCAGCUCCACUAUACAAUGUGACAUAUGCUGGCCAUGUUGGUCAAUUACUUUGCUGUGAGAAGGACAAUUGCAAUGAUCACAGAUUGGCAGGACCUGUUCCACCAGUUGUUACAACUUGCUACCAGGGGACUAAAUAUAAUGGAACCGUCCGAGCAGGAACACAAGUAACUGAAUGCACAUUGCAGGAUGGUUGGUGUGUCCGCAACACAACCAAUGUAACCACACCCAGUGGCCUGCCUGCCACAACAGAAAACUACUCCUGUCAACCUAUGGAUUUGUGUGAUUAUUUCAACAUUACAGGAUCCCAUACCAUGUGUACCAGUAGCAAUUCCUCUGAAAUCUGUUGUUGCCCGGAAAAUCGCUGUUUUGCUAUUACUGGCCCAGGUGCUGAGGGGGAUGAGAGCAGUUCUACUUUUGCCACGGCAAUAUCAAGUGCAGAGACGAAUGGGGUAGCCCCACCCCACAAGGUUCAACUCCUUCGACCUGACAUGACGUCUCUGGGUCCCAAUCUAGGGAGCAGCCAUCAAACCUGGUUCUUUGUGGGCUGUCUUCUUCUCGUCUUCUCAGUCUUCUUCUGUUUGCUAGGCACCGUUGUUAUGGUCACCGUCCGCUACAGGCAGGGCAGACAGAAGCAGACCGUCACACUGGCUUACACCCGCAUUGCAGCUGACUCCCCUGCAGGCAAUGGAGAUGAAGACAUCCAAAUGCUUUUAGGGACUCGCGUUUACCGGUAG